AAUUAUUUCUCUUCUUCCCUAACUACCCACUCUGCCCCCUUCUUAAUUCAAUUUUAAAUGGAAUCCAUGUCAGGGGAAUGAAUGGUUGAAAAGCUCAAACAGUCUCUUCUUCUUCUGUACUUUUCUGCAUCUCUCUUUUGAAUUAACACCCAUUAGUCCAUUCAAUCUCAUUUCACUGAUUCAUCUUUCCAAUUUCUUUUUAGGGUUUUUUACAUCUGCAAAUUUCUUAGUGUUUGCUUACUGCUUUUCCAUUUUCAGUCUCUCUUUUCCCCCACAUUAAUGGAUUGGAAUCUAAAGCCACAUGAUCAUCUGGGUUUAAGUGAAUUUGACCCAAACCCAAAUAUGAAUCUAGCAAAUGGAACUGGGUCAGAUAGCUUUAACUUCCAUGGAAACUUUUCAGUUGAUCUGAAACUAGGGCAUGUAGAAUCUUUAGAUGGUAUGAAGAAUAUUCAAAGUGUGCCCAAAAUAGCUUCUUCUAAAAGGGCAAGAGCAGUUAACAAUGGAGGUCAGCCAGCUUAUUGUCUUGUUGAUGAAUGUUCUUCAGAUCUUAGUAAUUGCAGAGAAUAUCAUAGGAGACAUAAGGUUUGUGAAGCUCAUUCUAAGACUCCUGAGGUCACAAUUGGAGGCCAUAAACAGAGGUUUUGUCAGCAGUGUAGCAGGUUUCAUUCUUUGGGGGAAUUUGAUGAAGGGAAAAGAAGCUGCAGGAAACGUCUUGAUGGUCAUAACCGUAGGAGAAGGAAACCUCAGCCAGAAGCAUCUCGUUUAGGCAGUCUUUUGCCUAAUUAUCCAGGUGCUAGAAUGUUUCCUUUCUCUACUCCUGAAACAUACAAUUCCAUGGCAGCUCUAAACAACAACAACAACACCACAACCUGGCACGAAGGCUUUCGAUCCGACUCGUUUCCUCCUUCAUCUUCUCGCGCCUUCAGAGACGAGGCGAAGCAAAAGCAACAGCAACAGCAACAACAACAACAAUUCAACAUGCUAUGUGGAACUAAUCUUUACUUGAGCAACCAAAAUGGUCCUGACUCAACAUCGAUCGGGCAUCCAACAAAAUUCUUGUGUGAUGGUUCAUCUCAAAUCCUCGGCUCUGGCCGUGCUCUCUCUCUUCUGUCAUCAUCGCAAUCACAAUCACAAACGCAGACAUCCGAGAUGAUCGGUUUGAAUCCUAGGUUGCAAUAUGGAGGAAUGGACAACAUGGAUUCGGUCAUGUUUCAGUUGGGACCUGAAGUCGCGACGACUCCUCCUGAAACCCCACAAACACUUCCUUUCUAUUGGGAUGGUUGAUCGAAAAUCUCAAUCUAUUUAUCCAUGAACUCAUGUUUUUGUCAUUCUCCUUAUUGUCAUAACAAAACAUGUUUUUUGUUCUUUCUUUUAUGAAUGUAUGCAUUGCUAGUUUGCUACCUUAUGAACCUAUGUUAGAGUAUCUUUCUCUAUUAUA